GGAAGCGCCGAGCCGCCGUCCGGCCCAGCUCGGCCUCCGUGAGCCGCGCUGCGCUCCGCCGCGGGCAGCCUGACAACCGAGCGCGCGCGGGCUCCGGCCGUCGGCACCGCAGGGCCCCGGCCCAAAAAGGAGGCGGCGGCGCGCGGGUCCCCGUGGUCCAGCCGGGGGUCCUGGCCGUGGCGCGCGGCACGUGCGGAGACCCGCCCUGAGCGCCAUGGCGCGUCGGUCCCCGAGUCCCCGCGCCUCCCCUUAGCGCCGCGGCGGCGAGACCCCGGGCCAGCCCCGGGCCUCCGGGGAUGGAGCCGCACGUGCUCGGCGCGGUGCUCUACUGGCUGCUGCUGCCCUCCGCGCUCCUGGCGGCCACCCUGCUGCGUGUCAACGCGCUCUCGCUGGUCUACCUGCUGGUCCUACUACUGCUGCCCUGGCUCCCGGGCCCCACACGGCACAGCAUCCGAGGUCACACAGGCCGCCUCCUCCGUGCCUUGCUCUGCCUCAGCCUUCUCUUCCUGGUGGCCCACCUGGUCUUCCAGAUAUGCCUUCAUACCAUGCCCCACCUGGACCAGCUACUGGGGCCAAGCUGCAGCCCCUGGGAGACUGUCUCUCGACACAUAGGGGUCACGAGGCUGGAUCUGAAGGACAUUCCCAACACCAUCCGGCUGGUGGCACCUGACCUGGGUGUCCUGGUGGUCUCCUCCAUCUGCCUCGGCCUCUGUGGGCGCCUCACAAGGAAAGCCAGGAGGAGCCAGCGUGCCCAGGAGCUGGAUGAUGACCAGAGGAAUGUGGAUGCUGACCCCCCACCAGGGCUGCAGAGAACCCCAGCCCCCAAGCGCAGGCUGUGGCUGGCCUCCCGGUUCCGGGUCACGGCCCACUGGUUGCUGGUGGCCGCCGGACGGACACUGGCCAUUGUGCUACUGGCGCUGGCAGGCAUUGCCCACCCCUCGGCCUUCUCCAGCGUCUACUUUCUGCUCUUCCUGGCCAUCUGCACCUGGUGGGCCUGCCACUUUCCUAUCAGCCCCCUGGGCUUCAGCACGCUCUGCGUCAUGGUGAGCUGUUUUGGUGCUGGACAUCUCAUCUGUCUCUACUGCUACCAGACGUCCUUCAUCCAGGCCACGCUCCCGCCCACCAGCAUCUGGGCCAGGGUGUUUGGUCUCAAGGACUUUGUGGGCCCCGUCAACUGCUCUAGCCCCAACGCACUGGUGCUGAACACUAGUCACGACUGGCCGGUCUACGUGAGCCCCGGCGUCCUGCUGCUUCUCUGCUACACAGUCACCUCUCUCCUGAAGCUCCGGAAGAGCCACCCCUCAGAGCAGAGGAAGGAAGCAGCCGGGGAGGAUGAGGAGCACGAGCUGGAGUUGGACCAGCUGGAGCAGGAGCCCCAGGACCAGUGCAUCAUGGCCACAUCCAUAGAACCUGAGAGCGACAACUGCAUCGUGCAUGAUCUCACCAGCCAGAGCCCUACCCGGCAGCGUCCCCUGCGCCCCAGGCUGGCUGAGCUGAGGGAGACGUCACCACUGCACGGCCUGGGCCAUCUCAUCAUGGGCCAGAGCUACGUGUGUGCCCUCAUCGCAAUGAUGGUGUGGAGCAUCACCUAUCACAGCUGGCUGACCUUUGUGCUGCUGCUCUGGGCCUGCCUCAUCUGGACGGUGCGGAGCCGCCACCAGUUGGCCAUGCUGUGUUCUCCCUGCCUCCUGCUGUACGGGCUGACCCUCUGCUGCCUGCGUUACGUGUGGGCCAUGGACCUGCUGCCCGAGCUGCCCACCACCCUGGGCCCCGUCAGCCUGCGCCAGCUGGGACUGGAGCACACGCGCUACCCCUGCCUGGACCUUGGUGCCAUGCUACUCUACAUGCUUACCUUCUGGCUGCUGCUGCGUCAGUUUGUGAAGGAGAAGGUGUUGAAGAAGGCGAAGCCGCCCGCUGCGCUGCUGGAGGUCACCGUGGUGGACACAGAGCCCACACAGACACGAACGCUACUCCGGAGCCUGGGGGAGCUGGUCACAGGCAUCUACGCCAAGUACUGGAUCUACGUGUGUGCUGGCAUGUUCAUCGUGGUCAGCUUUGCCGGCCGCCUGGUUGUUUAUAAGAUUGUCUAUAUGUUCCUCUUCCUGCUGUGCCUCACCCUGUUCCAGGUCUAUUACAGCCUGUGGCGGAAGCUGCUGCAGGUGUUCUGGUGGCUGGUGGUGGCCUACACCAUGCUGGUGCUCAUUGCAGUGUACACCUUCCAGUUCCAGGACUUCCCCACAUACUGGCGCAACCUCACCGGCUUCACCAACGAGCAGCUGGGAGACCUGGGCCUGGAGCAGUUCAGCGUGUCAGAGCUGUUCUCCAGCAUUCUCAUCCCUGGCUUCUUCCUGCUGGCCUGCAUCCUGCAGCUGCAUUACUUCCACAGGCCCUUCAUGCAGCUCACAGACCUGGAGCACGUGCCCCCGCCAGGUGCCCGCCGCACUCGCUGGGCUCACAGGCAGGACGUAGUGAGCGAGACCCCUCUGCUGCAACAAGAGGAGGAGGGGCUGAGCACAGAUGGCCCCCACCAGGCCACACAGGGCCCUGAAGGCACAGCCAGCAAGUGGGGCCUGGUGGCCGAGAGGCUGCUGGACCUGGCGGCCAGCUUCUCGGACGUCCUCACCUGCGUGCAGGUGUUUGUGAGGCGUCUCCUGGAGCUGCACAUCUUCAAGCUGGUGGCCUUAUACACUGUCUGGGUGGCCCUGAAGGAGGUGUCGGUGAUGAACCUGCUGCUGGUGGUGCUAUGGGCCUUCGCCCUGCCCUAUCCCCGCUUCCGGCCCAUGGCCUCCUGCCUGUCCACUGUGUGGACCUGUAUCGUCAUCGUGUGCAAGAUGUUAUAUCAACUCAAGAUUGUCAACCCCCACGAGUACUCCAGCAACUGCACCGAGCCUUUCCCCAACAGCACCAACCUGCAGGCCUCUGAGAUCAACCAGUCUUUGUUGUACCGUGGCCCCGUUGACCCGGCCAACUGGUUUGGGGUGCGGAAGGGCUUCCCCAACCUGGGCUACAUCCAGAACCACCUGCAGAUCCUAUUGUUGCUGGUGUUCGAGGCCAUGGUGUACCGGCGCCAAGAGCACUACCGCCGGCAGCACCAGCGGGCCUCGCUGCCUGCGCAGGCCGUGUGCGCCGAGGGCACCCGCCAGCAGCUCGACCAGGACCUGCUCAGCUGCCUCAAGUACUUCAUCAACUUCUUCUUCUACAAAUUCGGGCUGGAGAUCUGCUUCCUGAUGGCUGUGAACGUGAUCGGACAGCGUAUGAACUUCAUGGUGAUCCUACAUGGCUGCUGGCUGGUGGCCAUCCUCACCCGCCGGCACCGGGAGGCCAUUGCCCGCCUCUGGCCAAACUACUGCCUGUUCCUCACCCUCUUCCUCCUCUACCAGUACCUGCUGUGCCUCGGCAUGCCCCCUGCCCUGUGCCUCGACUACCCAUGGCGCUGGAGCCGAGCUGUCCCCAUGAACUCUGCCCUCAUCAAAUGGUUGUACCUGCCCGACUUCUUCAGGGCCCCCAACUCUACCAACCUCAUCAGUGACUUCCUCCUGCUGCUCUGCGCCUCCCAGCAGUGGCAGGUGUUCUCGGUUGAGCGCACUGAGGAGUGGCAGUGCAUGGCUGGCGUCAACACUGACCACCUGGAGCCGCUGCGAGGGGAACCCAAUCCUGUGCCCAACUUCAUCCAUUGUAGGUCCUACCUGGACAUGCUGAAAGUGGCCGUAUUCCGCUACCUGUUCUGGCUGGUGCUGGUGGUGGUGUUUGUCACGGGGGCCACCCGCAUCAGUAUCUUCGGGCUGGGCUACCUGUUGGCCUGCUUCUACCUGCUACUCUUCGGGACUGUCCUGCUGCAGAAGGACACACGAGCACAACUUGUGCUAUGGGACUGCCUCAUCCUGUACAACGUCACUGUCAUCAUCUCUAAGAACAUGCUGUCGCUCCUAUCCUGUGUCUUUGUGGAGCAAAUGCAGAGCAGCUUCUGUUGGGUCAUCCAGCUUUUCAGCCUCGUGUGCACAGUCAAAGGCUACUACGACCCCAAAGAGAUGAUGAGCAAGGACCAGGACUGCCUGCUGCCCGUGGAAGAGGCCGGAAUCAUCUGGGACAGCGUCUGCUUCUUCUUCCUGCUGCUGCAGCGCCGUGUCUUCCUCAGUCACUACUUCCUGCACGUCAGUGCCGACCUGCGGGCCACCUCCCUGCUGGCCUCCAGGGGCUUUGCCCUCUACAAUGCAGCCAACCUCAAGAGCAUUGACUUCCACCGCAAGGCAGAGGAGAAGUCCCUGGCCCAACUGAAGAGACAGAUGAAACGCAUCCGUGCCAAGCAGGAGAAGCAUAGGCAGAGCCGGGCCGGCCGUGGCCACCCCCAGGCCCUGGACCCCGAGGACCCCAACCAGGAGCCAGGGCCCAGCAGUCCAGGGGGCUCCUCCCCGCCACGGAGGCAGUGGUGGCGCCCCUGGUUGGACCACGCCACAGUCAUCCAUUCUGGGGACUACUUCCUGUUUGAGUCUGACAGUGAGGAGGAAGAGGAAGCUCUGCCUGAGGACCCCAGGCCCUCAGCACAGAGUGCCUUCCAGAUGGCGUACCAGGCAUGGGUGACCAACGCCCAGACGGUGCUGAGGCAGCGGCGGGAACGGGCACAGCAAGAGAGGGCAGGACAGCUCCCCACUGGAGGCGGCCCGAGCCAGGAGGUGGAGCCAGUGGAGGCCCUGGAGGAUGAGGUGGCAGGCCAAAGCCAUAUGCUCCAGCGUGUGCUGAACGCAAUGCAGUUCCUGUGGGUGCUGGGCCAGGCCACGGUGGACGGGCUGACGCGCUGGCUGUGCGCGUUCACGAGGCACCACCGCACCAUGAGUGAUGUGCUGCGAGCUGAGCGCUACAUGCUCACACAGGAGCUCCUGCGGGGUGGCGAGGUGCACCGGGGUGUGCUAGACCAGCUUUACGUGAGCGAAGUGGAGACUGCACUGUCAGCCCCCCAGGAGGCCCGUGAUGGACCCAGCACCGCAUCAAGUGGGCUGGGAGCUGAGGAGCCACUGAGCAGCAUGACGGAUGACACUGGCAGCCCCCUGAGCACUGGCUACAACACCCGCAGUGGCAGCGAGGAGAUUGUCACAGAUGCUGGGGACCUGGACACUGGGGCUGCCCUGCAUGGCUCCCAGGAGCUUCUGGCCCACGCUCGCACACGAAUGCGUACAGCCAGCGAGCUGCUCCUAGACAGGCGCCUGUCCAUCCCAGAGCUGGAGGAGGCUGAGCGGUUCGCAGCAGAGCAGGGCCGAGCACUGCGGCUGCUGCAGGCCCUGUACCUGUGUGUGGCUGCCCACUCGGAGCUGGUCUGCUACUUCAUCAUCAUCCUCAACCACAUGGUGACAGCCUCGGCCGCCUCCCUGCUGCUGCCCGUGCUCGUCUUCCUGUGGGCCAUGCUGACCAUCCCGAGGCCCAGCAAGCGCUUCUGGAUGACCGCCAUUGUCUUCACCGAGGUCAUGGUGGUCACCAAGUACCUGUUCCAGUUUGGCUUCUUCCCCUGGAACAGCCAUGCGGUGUUAAGGCGCUACGAGAACAAGCCCUACUUCCCACCACGCAUCCUGGGCCUGGAGAAGACAGACGGCUACAUCCGGUAUGACCUGGUGCAGCUCAUGGCGCUCUUCUUCCACCGUUCCCAGUUGCUGUGCUACGGCCUCUGGGACCACGAUGAGGACCCACUCCCCAAGGAGCAUGGCAGGAGCAGCGGGAAGGACCGAGGGGCUGAGGAGGGGCCAGUGACCCUGCUGGCACCCCAGACUCAGGCAGACACAGGGCACCCAGAGGAGCCAGGGCUGGCUGGAACCACCAAGGACCACAUCCCAGCGGAAGUGAGUGUCGGAGCCCAGGACAGGAUCCCAGAGCCCCAAGUGGACCUGAAGGGCCGAGACCUGAGGCGCCUCAACCUGCGCUUCAGGAGGAGGAAAGAGAGCCCAGCAUCCAAAGGAGGAGUGGCCAUCGAGUCUGAAAACAGGGAGGAGGAGGAGGAGGAGAAAGAGGCUGAGGGGAGGAAGAAGCCAAGUCGCUCAGAAAUGAUGAAGGCGGCUGGGCGCCGGCUGCAGAACCUCUGCCUGUCACUGGCCAGAAGCAUGCACCAGCCCCUGCGGCGUUUCUUCCACGACAUUCUACACAGCAAGUACCGCGCAGCCACGGACGUCUACGCGCUCAUGUUCCUGGCAGACGUUGUCGACUUCGUCAUCAUCAUCUUUGGCUUCUGGGCCUUUGGGAAGCACUCAGCAGCCACAGACAUUACAUCCUCACUAUCAGAUGACCAGGUGCCAGAGGCCUUCCUGGUCAUGCUUCUGAUCCAGUUCAGCACCAUGGUCAUCGACCGCGCCCUCUACCUGCGCAAGACCGUGCUGGGCAAGCUGGCUUUCCAGGUGGUCCUGGUGCUGGCCAUCCACCUCUGGAUGUUCUUUGUCUUGCCGGCUGUCACUGAGAGGAUGUUCAGCCAGAACGCAGUGGCCCAGCUGUGGUACUUCGUGAAGUGCAUCUAUUUCGCCCUGUCUGCCUACCAGAUCCGCUGCGGCUACCCCACCCGCAUCCUCGGUAACUUCCUCACCAAGAAGUACAACCACCUGAACCUCUUCCUCUUCCAGGGGUUCCGACUGGUGCCGUUCCUGGUGGAGCUGCGGGCAGUCAUGGACUGGGUAUGGACAGACACCACGCUGUCCCUAUCCAGCUGGAUGUGUGUGGAGGACAUCUAUGCUAACAUCUUCAUCAUCAAGUGCAGCCGAGAGACGGAGAAGAGGUACCCGCAGCCCAAGGGGCAGAAGAAGAAGAAGAUUGUCAAGUACGGCAUGGGUGGCCUCAUCGUCCUCUUCCUGGUCGCCAUCAUCUGGUUCCCGCUGCUCUUCAUGUCACUGGUGCGCUCUGUGGUCGGUGUUGUCAACCAGCCCAUCGAUGUCACUGUCACCCUCAAGCUGGGAGGCUAUGAGCCUCUGUUCACCAUGAGUGCCCAGCAGCCGUCCAUUGUGCCCUUCACGCCCCAGGCCUAUGAGGAGCUCUCUCGGCAGUUUGAUCCCUACCCGCUGGCCAUGCAGUUCAUCAGCCAGUACAGCCCUGAGGACAUCGUCACGGCACAGAUUGAGGGCAGCUCUGGGGCACUGUGGCGCAUCAGCCCCCCAAGCCGGGCUCAGAUGAAGCGGGAACUGUACAAUGGCACAGCUGACAUCACUCUGCGCUUCACCUGGAACUUCCAGAGGGACCUGGCCAAGGGCGGCACUGUGGAAUACACCAAUGAAAAGCACACCCUGGAGUUGGCCCCCAACAGUACCGAGCGGAGGCAGCUGGCCCGCCUACUCGAGGGCACGUCGGACGAGUCAGUGGUCAUUCCCAAUCUCUUCCCCAAGUACAUCCGUGCCCCCAAUGGGCCAGAAGCCAACCCUGUGAAGCAGCUGCAGCCCAACGAGGAAGCCGACUACCUUGGCGUGCGUGUCCAGUUGCGGAGGGAGCAAGUGGGUGCAGGGGCCUCGGGCUUCCUGGAGUGGUGGGUCAUUGAACUGCAGGACUGCAGUGCUGACUGCAAUCUGCUGCCCAUGGUCAUCUUCAGCGACAAGGUCAGCCCACCCAGCCUCGGCUUCCUGGCUGGCUAUGGGAUCAUGGGGCUGUAUGUGUCCAUCGUGCUGGUCAUAGGCAAAUUUGUGCGAGGCUUCUUCAGUGAGAUCUCACACUCCAUCAUGUUUGAGGAGCUGCCCUGUGUGGACCGUGUCCUGAAACUGUGUCAGGACAUCUUCCUGGUGCGGGAGACACGUGAGCUGGAGCUGGAGGAAGAGCUAUAUGCCAAGCUCAUCUUCCUGUACCGCUCACCUGAGACCAUGAUCAAGUGGACGCGUGAGAAGGAGUAGGCGCCCUGUGCCUGGGCACCGGGAAUGAAGGAGCCACCCAGGGGCAGCAAUCCUCAGGCCAGGGCACCGCUGUCCAAGGCCACCAGCUGUGAUAUAUCUUCCCUGGCCCAUCUGAGCCCUGAUGCUGCUGUCAGAAGGACCUAUCACCCCAUGGGCCCAGUGUAGCCCAGGGAUGGCCACACUGGGCCUGGGGGUGCAGCCCUGCCUUCCCCACAUGUACUGUAGAGUUUUCUAAUUAAAAAUGUUUUUAUUUAUACA